AUGGAGUGUGGCAGCAAAUUCGGCGCCGAUGUGGGGAUCAAUCGCCGGGCAUUGAGGGAUAUCAAGAAUUUCAUGGGCGCCGCUCCUCCUGGAUCACAUACGAUCAGCGGGAGAGAAUUGCAGAAGUAACCCGGAAAAAAAAAAACUUAAUUUCUCAGUCCUUUUGAUCGGAAAACUAAAUCAGUUUUCGUGCUGAUCUUUGUUCUUAAUGCCAACAGAAAUGUCCUGAAAGAUAAGAACUCAUCUCAUCAGCCAUGGCCGAGGUCAGCACGAGAUCUACUUCGGGAUUCUUCUUUCCCCAUCCCCCCCCUUUGACGCACUGCUUCUUAAUAUCUUUUUAACAAUCUUCUGUGCAGACAAGUCGCUGAAGCUCUAAAGUCCCAUCAAACCUGUUCACUGGUACGACUUCUGUGAGCCAUGUUAGGUCAUCUGCAUCUCCAUUUCCUUUGUGUGAUGAUCGGGUGUUUCCUUAUCCCAGGAUCCCAUCAUCGACAAGGAAGAACCCAAGAAAGCGAUACCCUCAGCACUACCCCUGAGCUCAAUCCCUGUUAAUGAGUUGCCCUUGCAGUUCGUGGAAGAGAUGGAAGAAAUGGUUGGUAGUGAUCGACGAUGCUUGAUGCUACUAGAAAGCCCUCGGACGCACUGGCUCAUCCUUUCCUGGUUAGGAAGUGUUGCAGGUCAACGAUGAGCUCAAGGAAGUUGACAUGGAGGACGCCGUCGCUGACCUCGUUAUGGACAUCGACAGAGAGGAUGCCGAUGACCCAUUUGCAGUAGUUGACUAUGUGGAGGAGAUAUACGCCUUCUACAGAGAGACAGAGGUAAAUAACCAGAAAGAGGCCGCCGAUCGAUUUCAUUUGUGGGGGAUCGAGUUGGUUCGGUUUCUACUAAAACAUGUUAUUUUCUUCAUGCAGGGCUCCGGGUGCGUCUGCCCUAAUUACAUGUCCAAUCAAGUUGACAUCAACGAGAAGAUGCGGGCCAUCUUGAUCGACUGGCUGAUCGAGGUGCUGUGAAAACCAGACUCCCCCACCCCCCCCAACCGAUUCUUCUCUUCUUGAUGAGUUCUCACGAUAGGUGAAUAUUCGCUCACAGGUGCACUACAAGUUUGACCUCAUGGAGGAGACCUUGUUCCUGACGGUGAACAUCAUAGACAGGUUCUUGGCCCGCCAGACGGUGAUGAGGAAGAAGCUCCAGCUGGUCGGGGUGACCGCCAUGCUCCUCGCAUGUAAGUACGAGGAGGUCUCCGUCCCCGUCGUGGACGACCUGAUCAUAAUCUCCGACAGGGCCUACACCAGAGCAGAAAUACUAGAAAUGGUAAGGUUAACGCCGUCCAUCAAUCUCUCUCUUCUGUGCCCGGAGAAAGAUUCCCCCCUGUUCAUCAAUGGCGCUUGUCUGCUCGCAGGAGCGGCUCAUGGUCAACACGCUGCAGUUCAAUAUGUCAGCGCCCACUCCCUACGUCUUCAUGAGGAGAUUCCUGAAGGCGGCGGCUUCCGACAAGCAGGUGAGGAUCGAAACAAAUCUCACCCAGAUGAUCUUUGAUGUUUCUUCCGCGUUGACCGGCGGAAUUUCCUCCUCUCUCCUCGCAGCUGGAACUGCUCUCCUCCUUCAUCGUCGAGCUCUGCCUGGUGGAGUACGAGAUGCUCCAGUUUCCCCCGUCGCUCCUGGCCGCAGCCGCCGUCUACACCGCCCAGUGCUCCGUCAGAGGGUUAAAGCUGUGGACUCGGACCAGCGAGCUCUACAGCAGCUACUCUGAAGAUCAUCUUCUGUAAGUCAUCAUUGAAUCAAAUCUUGCAAACGAGGGAGGUUCUCUCACUGUUUCCCUCUUCUCUGCAAAUCAGGGAAUGCUCCAGGAAGAUGGUUGGGUUUCAUCAGAGGGCAGAAGGGGGGAAGCUCACGGGCGUUCACAGGAAGUACAACACAUUCAGAUAUGGAUAUGCGGCCAGAUCUGAGCCCGCCUCGUUCCUACUGGAAGCUGGGCCACCUUCCUAA